AUGUCUGGUUUGACUGAGUUGCUGCUUGCUUUAGGCAAUGCGGAUCCCGCGGUUCGUGUGCCAGCGGAACAGCAAGUGAACCAUGCGCGUCAGAGUGAUCUUGUGGGAUUUCUGUACGCGUUAUUACAAGAAUUUCGUGAUGAGGAAAAACCUGCAUUCUCACGUCAUAUGGCUGGUACACUUCUGAAGAACGCAAUCGCUCCUAAUCUUCGCGAAGGUGCAGCACGACGGGCACUUGAAAGGGAGUGGAUGGCACUUCCAGCAGAAGUUCGUGUUAAUGUUAAACAGGGUGUUCUUGCUUGUCUUGGUUCGCCAAAGAAGGAAGUACAGAAUGUGGCUGCUAACAUUAUUGGUAAUCUCUCACGUAUUGAACUACCAGCAGGGGAGUGGCCAGAUCUACUUAAUAUCCUGCUUGGCGUUGCAGAGUCAAGUGAACAGCAUCAGGAAGCUGCCCUAACGGCAAUUGGUUAUGUCUGUGAAGAAGGACGUGAACAUGAGGCAGUGGAACAGGCUUUGGCACCUUUUACAAAUGGUAUUCUUGUUGCCGUUCUUCGAGGUAUGAGUAGUGGUAAAGAGGAGGUAUGCUACUACGCAACAAAUGCCUUAUGUAACGCAAUGGAAUUUAUUCAUGAUAACAUGAAUCAACAAGAUCAACGUGAUCAGUUGGUCGAUGCACUCUGUACUACUGCAAAGACAAGUCAAAAUCCACGAACACGUGAAAAGGCGAUGGAAUCUCUUGUUAAAGUUGCAGAUAUGUACUAUUCAACACUUCCAAAUUAUAUUGAUCGAUUACAUGCAAUAACAACGAGUUCUAUUUUUAAUGAUGAAGAAGUUGUUGCUUUACAAGCUAUGCUUUUUUGGAUUUCUAUUUGUGAAACAGAACGCGAUAUGAAAGAGGACGGAGAUGGAAAAUGUCUUGAUUAUGCCCUUAAAGGAGCAUCUAUGAUAUCUGAAAUUGCGCUUCAAGCACUUCUUCGACAAGAAGAAACUCAAGAAGAAGGUGAUUGGAAUAUUUCUAUAGCAGGAGGUAAACUUCUUCAAAGUCUUGCUGCGUGUAUUGGAAAUCCAAUAAUUGAUUUGGUUAUGCCAUUUGUAUAUAGAAAUGUUGAAAGUGCAAAUUGGCGUGAAAAGGAAGCUGCUGUUAUGGCGUUUGGUUGCAUCUUAAACGGACCUGAUCCUAAGAGUAUUGAGGAUACUGUAGCGCAAGCUGUGCCAGGACUCUUACAAUAUGUACGUGAUGAUAAUCGUUUGGUUUCAGAUACUGCUGGAUGGGUUUUGGCUGUUGUAUGUGAACUUUUCAGUGAUGUUUUCCUUUUACGGCCGUUGGAUUUACAGCAAUUAAUGAAUAUUAUUUCUCCAAUGAUAGCUGGAGGUGAUGAAAGGGCUAUUCGAGCUUGUCACAUUCUUCAUAACCUUGCUCUUGCUUAUGAAGAAGAAGAAAACCAACCAACCAAUGAGUUAUCAGGUUAUUAUCCCAGUUUACUUAAUGUAUUGCUUGUAGCCAUUGAUACAGGCAGUAAUCAAAGUGUAAAGGGUGUUGCACAAGAAGCUCUAAAUGUACUCGUUGAUGCAGCUGCAGUAGACUGCUAUCAAUAUCUUCAUGUUCUCGUUCCUGAACUUCAUAAACGUAUGCAAUUUAUUCUUGAAGCACGUUUACAAGGUCAAAUGAAUGAUAUGGAUGUUAUGGCUAUGCUUGGUCUUCUUUGUGGUUCUUUGGGUAGUGUAGCGAAGAAAGUUCAGAAUGAUUUUGUGCAACAUUUACCAGCGAGUAUGGAAAUUUUAAUGCAGAUUUUGCAUAUUCAGGAAGAUACUGUUGUGGAUGAAGCUCUUACUAUGUUGGGUAGCUUUGCACAUGCUGUUAAACAACAACUUACCCCUUAUGCUGGAAAUUUUAUUCCUUAUGUGUUAAAGGCGUUACAGUGUGUUGAUGAACCAGAUCUUGCUGUUGUUGCAGUUGGAACUGUUGGUGAUUUAUCCUUAACUCUUCGAACUGAUAUGGCGCCUUAUAUCAGUACAAUUCUAAAUGUACUAAAUGAAAACUUAAUUAACCCACAUGUUGACCGGAGUUUGAAGUGUACAUUCCUCAAUUGUCUAGGAGACAUUGCACUUAAUGUUGGUGACACCCAUUUUGCACAGUAUCUUGACACGUUUAUGCAACUUGUUCAAUCAUUCUUUCAGAAAAGCUGUGCUAUUAAUAUAAGUGAAGAUCCGGAUAGUGAAGAAUAUGUAAUGACACUUUGGGAAAGUAUCUCAGUUUUCUACACCAGUGUGUGUCAGAGUUUUAAGACUUCUGAGAUGCAAUUAGCCCCAUAUCUGCAAGGAAUUCUUCAAUUCGCACUACACGCAGCAAAAACGGCAGAAUCUCUCGAAUACGUUGAAGUGUUUGUGGCUGCUGUUUCAAUUAUUGGAGAUAUGGCGUGUGUUCUUAAGAGUGUUCGUUCACCAGAGCUCCGGCAGCAGGGAAAGAGCGCGUUGCUGGCACCGCCCGUGCUGCAACUAGUGAGGCACGCCGUCACCGCAUUAGCCUCCGAUGAGGAUAACAGAGAUCAGAUGAAGUGGGUAGAAAAACAGCUUGAGUUGUUGCAAGCAGCAUAA